AAGAAUUACUUGAAAAAGAAAACCUCAUAGUAAACAUACCCGCUCCAAUUCUUCUGCACUAUUUCCUCUUUAAUUGGCUCAGUCUGCAGGUGCAAAUUAAUGCAAAAUUUUUGCAAAGUGGAAAAUCAGUCCAAGAUAAUAGAUUAUAUUUAGUUAAUUGGAUAUCGUAGCAUUUAAUUGGUAUGCAUACUCCUUGGACGACUGGAGAGAAUAUGUAAAGUGAGUGGAGUUUGAGCAGGGGUCGAGUUUUUGCAUAUUGUAAAUUUAGCGUUAUCUUGGUCCGCAUGUAUCGAGAUAUGGUCAGUGCAAGAGGAAGCUAUUUGCAGUCUUUGUGUGUGUAUCACUCGAGGAUAGGAUAAAGUUACGUUUUUAUCAGGAUUGCAUUGCACUGCUGCCUUUUCCUGGGCUUCCUCAUCAUUGGGAGUGCACAUAAUAAGCAGCAAAGUCUCAGGCAGCAUGACAAGACAAGUGCCAAGUGAAGGAAAUGACAUGGAUUUGCACAUUUGCGAUUCUCAUCUUGACCAGAAAUAACGUCAUCCUUCACGAGUCUCAUUAUCCCUCAACCUCCUCUCCUACCAAGUCCCAGUCUCAGUUUCCCGUGUCGACGUUCCACUUGGUCGCACAAUCGUCUCACUGCAAAUUACUGGGCGAACUAGUCAAAUCAAACUAUUACAAAAAUAGUCUCAACAAAUUAUCAAGUCCAUUUACACACAAUUGCUCAAAAACUUUAUACUAAUAAUAAUCUCAAAAUGCAGCUCAAAAACGUGACCAGAUUUUCUUCCCCACUCGUGCUCAAGACAUUGAUUCUCUGCAGUUUGUUCCACACGAUGAGGACGAUGGGCAUAGGAAGAAGUGGUGAAAGUGGUGAAAGUUCCUCCUCCUUUGCCAUGUACCAGCCACAGCAGCACCAGAGCGGAAGUAGAAGUCAUCACCACGACAGCGACCUCCACCACCACCCUCGCGCCAUGCUUUCCCCACCACCCACAGAAUCCUCGUCCUCCUCCUUAGAAAACAGCGUCCAGUAUCAACAGCUCUCCCGUCAGCGGAGAGGUCAUCACCACCACCACGCCAGCAACAACAACGCCAUUGUCCGAGCAAGCGUAGCAUCCGGGGCCCAACGCCACUCCUCCAACUCUCAUGCUCAGUUCAAUUUCGCCCGCUCGGAAGGUGCGAGUGGUUGCCCAACUUGUGGCGCUGCCCAACAAAAUAUACAAACUGCCAACGAAUUGUCAAACACAAUUCCGGAUCGAGAGGAAACGCUGAGAAGAAUGCGCUUGGAAAUGAUCAAGCAACAAAUCCUGAAAAAACUGAGGUUGAAAGAACCCCCGAAAGCAGUCGGGCGUCAAGAUAACAAUCUUCCCAGUCCCAUAAUUUUGGGCGACACGUUACCAAAACGGAGCGAAUCCGAGUCGGAUCGAGAUGUGGAAGACUUUUAUGGAAAAACGGAACAGGUCAUCGUUUUCCCGCAAGACGAGGGAGUCAAGUGUCGUCCAGAUUCGAGCAAUCCGUCAUCCUGCUUUGGUUUCAAGUUGCCAAGAGAAAUUCGCUACGAAGAGAUUGGAAAUGUGGAACUUUGGGCGUUCAAGCUGCCCGAUCCCAACGACGGGAAAGGUGACCAGUCCUUUUACGUGAGGCAGUUGGCAAAGAGAACGUCGUCGUCCUCGUCGGAUGAACCAGCCGACGGGGGUGACUACAUCGUCAGGGAGAACACGGGGUCACAAAUGAAGGGGUGGAUCUCACUCAACGUGACCUCCGUCGUCGUGGAGUGGAUGCGUCGAGGCGAGUUUGAAAAGACUUUAGAGGUCGGAUGUCUCACCUGCGCCCAAUUCGACGAAGAAAGUGGUGAAGAUUUAGGCAGCCCGAUCGGCACUGAGGGUGAGGAUCGACCCUUCCUCGUCUUCAACAUGGCGGGCAUGGUGCGCAAGAAGAGGUCUCGACGUCACAUAAACUGCACGCCAAACAUCACGGACUGUUGUCGCGAGCGGUUCGUGGUGGACUUUAAGGAGAUUGGGUGGGACUGGAUUAUUGGGCCCCAGUCCUACGACGCCUUCUACUGCAAAGGGAGUUGUAGUCUGAGCAGCAGUGCGAGUCGGAGGGGCAGCAUCCUCGCCAGAUAUCUCAACAUGAGGGACGCCAACAAUCAAACGGCAGAGUUGGUCCCAUGCUGCACAGCCACGAGGAUGAGCUCCAUUAGUUUGGCGUACAAUGAUUGGGGCAACUACAACUCCAGCGUUCCUCGCAGACGGACUGAAACGUUGCCGAACAUGGUCGUCGAGUCUUGCGGCUGCUUUUGAUGACUCAAAAUUUAGAUCUGCCUCCUCCAUUGUUUCAUUGUUGAGAGAAGAUGAAGUGGGAAGAAAAAUGUAUAAAAGUCACGCAAGCAAUGAACCCAUCGUCACCCGUGACCAUGACCUCUCUUCUCCCCAACCCCAUCACCAAUGUCAAAACCAAUAAACUCGUCAACACCGUCAUCCCUCAAAUUACACAACUCGCUACAAGAUCACCAGAUGAGAUCAUAUCAACAUCUCAACAACUAAACUAUUUUGUGAUACAAUCGUCAUCACCCUUGAGAUUCGCUGUCCAUGCGUGGUAGGUAUUGACAAUUGCGGCACAGCGACGCCAUGAUAAUUCUAAGAACGUAGCUCCACAUUCGACACAAGUCCAAACAUUACGAAUUUCAUCCCGUCCUUUUGUACAUAUUUGUCCUCAUUCCUUCCUCCGAGGUAACCUCCGCUCAUUUGUAAUGUGACAAGAACUGAUGUGUGAAUAUCUAGUCGUUUCUUGUUUCAAUUUUUCCCUUGUUUCAUAGUUUGACGUAAUUGUAUCAUAAUCUGUAUGUGAAUUUAGAGCUCGUAUUAAUUUAGUCAUUCAUCAUUUAGUUAGCACAGUAUCGAUAGUUAUGUACAUGAGAUAAGUACGUAUCCACGUAGAAGUGUCUAUACCACGUAUUUAAUAUAAUUAACGAUGUAAGAUUACACCUAGGAAAGUAAAUUAGGUAUGAAAAGGUGAAUGACUAAUAAUCCUUCUUUUAUGUCUUUUUGUAAUAUUGCGUUUCAUUUUACGAGAGGCAACCGCCUCUCCUCUAUUUUACGACCCUUAUUGUCUUAUCCUCCAUAAUUUCGUUCGUCUCUAUUGUCCGUGCAUGUGUUUCAGUGGGUGCGGGUGAGGUAGUUGUCCUCCCAAAAAUGCCGUUCUCAUUCCCACAAGAAAUGAAUGAAAUGAAUGAAAUGCACGAGUUUGAUUCCAUUUCCUGGAUAAUUCCAGGCAACCACCUCAAGAAUACCAACACCUCCAAGAGACGGUCCGACCAAUGUGCAUGUGUAAUUUGUAAAUAUGUAUGUAUCAAUCAUAGUUUGUCUCACUUCAGUAUUUCUUAAUUCUUAAUUUCCUAUCCAUUGUCACCUUUGACUUUUGUUCCUCUUCCUGUUCUUAACAUAUUUGUAUAAUCUCCAACCUAAGUAUGUAUGACCGUACCUUAUUGGUACUCGUUUUAUAUUAUUGAUAAGAACUCAACAACUGAUGAUAAAGUUUGACAUGUUUUCAAUUGUCUAAUUUUUGAUGAAUGAUUUUUGGUUGUAUAAUAUUGUAGAAAUUUAGACUGAGAACACAAUAAUAAGUAUGAACGUUAUCUACGAUACAGGAAAUGAUAAUCUGGCUGGAAGAGAUAAUACGUAUUUAUCAGGGAUUUUGAUACAAAAGUAUGAAUUAAAAAUAAAAAUCCUCUCUAAUCUCAAAA